AUGGGGAUACGGCCUGGUCGGCUCCUCAAAAAGCUGGUGAGUUGACAGCACGCCCGCCAACUUUGGGGCUCUCUCUCGUCGGCAUCGUCUUCUGCCCUCAGAGUUGACCGAGGGGGAACUUGGAAGCUACCGAGAAUUUAUAGAAACUCAUUCACAAAAAUGACAUCCUGGUUGUAUGAAUGUCUUUGUGAAGCUGAACUUGCACAGUAUUAUCCUCAUUUUACUGCCCUUGGCCUUCGAAAAAUAGAUGAAUUAGCCAACGUUACAAUGAAAGACUACUCUAAAUUGGGAGUCCGUGACAUGAACGACCGCAAACGUCUCUUCCAACUUAUCAAAAUCAUUAAAAUUAUGCAGGAAGAAGAUAAAGAAGUCGGUAGCCCAGAGCAUCCUCUUCAGACAAACUGCCUGUGCAGUAAGCCUUGGGAAUCCAGAUCUGGCCCUCGCCGGCAACUGCAUUUUGAUUCUCCUGCUGACGACAAAGACAGAACUACCAACAACAAUGGGUUUGAACUGUGCAGUUUAUCAGAUUUUUCUGUAAAUGAACAGAAGUCUAGUUACCUAAAAGUGCUAGAACACAUACUGCCGGAUGAUUCCCAUUACCAUACAAAAACAAGAAUUCUGAAUGCCACAACUGCUGGUUCCUAUGUGCAAACAGAAACUAACACUUCACUCUUUUCAUCAAAUCACUUUUCUCCAAUCCCGGGGGAUUAUGAUAUUCCCAUUAUUCAAAGAAUCUCUCAUGUUUCAGGGUAUAACUAUGGAAUCCCUCGUUCUUGUAGCAGACAGAACACCUCAGAGAAAGAGAAUCCUUGGACUGAGAUGGAGAAAAUUAGAGUUUGUGUUCGAAAACGCCCUUUGGGCAUGAGGGAGGUACGUCGUGGAGAAAUUAAUAUUGUUACUGUAGAAGACAAAGAAACGCUACUUGUUCAUGAAAAGAAAGAAGCAGUUGACCUUACACAAUAUAUUCUGCAGCAUGUUUUUUAUUUUGAUGAAGUCUUUGGUGAAGCAUGCACCAAUCGGGAUGUAUACAUGAAGACUACUCACCCACUCAUUCAGCAUAUUUUCAAUGGAGGCAAUGCCACUUGCUUUGCAUAUGGACAGACAGGUGCCGGGAAGACCUACACCAUGAUAGGAACUCAUCAGAACCCAGGACUCUAUGCUCUGGCUGCCAAAGAUAUCUUCAGGCAACUAGAAGUAUCCCAGCCAAGAAGGCACCUCUUCGUGUGGAUCAGCUUCUAUGAAAUCUACUGUGGACAGCUUUAUGACCUCUUAAAUAGAAGAAAAAGGCUCUUUGCAAGAGAAGAUAGCAAGCACGUGGUACAGAUAGUGGGACUGCAAGAGCUUCAGGUGGAUAGUGUGGAGCUCCUCUUAGAGGUGAUUCUGAAGGGCAGCAAAGAGCGCAGCACCGGGGCCACUGGAGUUAAUGCAGACUCCUCCCGCUCCCAUGCUAUCAUUCAAAUUCAGAUCAAAGAUUCAGCCAAGAGGACAUUUGGCAGGAUCUCUUUUAUUGACUUGGCUGGCAGUGAAAGAGCAGCAGAUGCCAGAGACUCAGAUAGACAGACAAAGAUGGAAGGUGCAGAAAUAAACCAGAGUCUUCUGGCUCUGAAGGAAUGUAUCCGAGCACUGGAUCAGGAACACACCCACACUCCCUUCAGGCAAAGCAAAUUAACUCAGGUCCUGAGGGAUUCUUUCAUUGGUGAUGCCAAAACAUGCAUGAUUGCCAACAUCUCACCAAGCCAUGUGGCCACCGAACAUACUCUGAAUACCUUGCGUUACGCUGACCGGGUCAAAGAACUAAAGAAAGGCAUUAAAUGUUGUGCUUCAGCUACCAGUCGAAAUCGGACCUCUGGAAAUUCUUCUCCAAAACGAAUUCAGAGCUCCCCUAUGGCCCUGCUAGGGGACAAGUGUUCUCCCAAAAAGGUCAAGCUGGGACUUCAGCAGACAUUCACAGCAUCUCCUGGUUCUAUGAAAGGGAAAGCCCAUCCUCUGGCCAGCCACCCACCCAACAUCCCUUUUGCUCCUGUACCUAAAGUUCCCAGUAAAAGGGGUGGAUCCAGAAGGAGUCUUCCCCAAGAGUGGGGCAUUCAAACUAGCCCUGCCAGAAGAGCUACACGGUCUGGACAUUUAGCCAGAAAAAGGGCAGAAGAGUCUGUGUCAUUAUGCUCUGAGAAAAAUCAAAUGGGCAACAAAACUGCCCGCAGGUGGGAAAGCAGGGCCCCUGGCCCAGGAGAAGCCCCAGCACAUGGUAAGCCCUCCAAGUGCAAGCCAGGGCAGACUGUGCGGCCUGUGCAGAAGCAGCUAGUGUCACCGGCCGAGCUCUCUUCUGGCAGGCUCCAGCACUUAGCAGAACACAAUCAGGGCAGCCAGGGGAGCACACCUGCCAGGUCUGCCUCUGAAACUUGGACAAACAUCCCUCCACAUCAAAAGGAGAGGGAGGAACACUUGCGCUUUUAUCACCAGCAGUUCCAGCAGCCACCUCUCCUCCAGCAAAAGUUACAGUAUCAACCACUGGAGCAGUUUUUAUGCCAGUACAGGCCCGUAGAGGGGCAGCUCCAGAUUGAGACCCCUCCUCCCUUCUGCUCUUAUUCUGAGAGCCAGGAUGGAGCCCAAGCCGAGGACCUCGAUGACAGCGAUUUCAGUGAAGAUUCUUUUUCACAUGUCUCCAGUAAGAGGACCACAGAGCAGAGAAGCACCCUAGAGGAUAGUGAAGGCUCAUUCUUCCUUCAUCAGAGGGAGCAAGGCCCUGAGGAGCAGGUGGCCGAAAGGCAGCAGAGUCUGCUUUUUAACCCCAGGACAGAUGGUGAUGAAAAGGGCCUAACUGGAAGCUGGAUGUACUCCAGGGACCCCACAAACCAUAGAAGAGCAGCACUCAGUCAUGGCCUCAGCCCAAGUAAGGUGCCCUUGGACUGGAGCAGAGAGGAGGAAUCUACCUCCUUGGGUCUUUCUCCCAGAGACAACUUGGCAGAGAAGCCUUACUGCUCACAGAUAGACUUUGUACAUGGCCAAAAAAGAGAUGGUGGCCCAGCCUCUGAUCUCAGACAGAAUGCUUUCAGAAGUGAGGUUCCUGAGCAGGCUGAGGUUAGUUCACUAUUCCCGGAGGAAGAUGGCUUCCCUUUGUCACUAUCCCAUGGUGCAGUUCAAGGAGCUGCAGACCAAAGAGAUACGGUCAGCACACCUCUUAGAGAAGAUGGACAAGACAGCCCAACUCUGGUGACCAAAACACUAAAAAACAGUUACCCUUACCCAGAAGACCAUAGAGGGGAAUCAGGCACGUGCUCUGAAUGUGCUUCUGGACUGAUGGCUCCCCUCACUGUGUCCCUCCUAGAGAACACAGACGAUGAGGGCCCUCUUCCCUCGGAGCAGCUGGCCCAGGAUGAGACUGCUCACAGUCUAGAAGCAGCAGAGGGCCCACCUAUGGGCCACACAAUGUCAUCUGAUGAUCAAAAGGCACUCCUACCAGCGUCUUUGGCAACUGGGCACUUGUGGCUCUCAUCAUCUCCCCCUGACAAUAAGCCUGGUGGCAGUCUUCCAGCUCUGUCUCCAUCACCCAUCCAUCAGCACCCACCUGACAAGCUGCCCUUCAGUGAGGCUGACCUAGAGGAGGUCAGCCAGAGCAGAGAGACUGCACUCUCCUCCCAAGAACAGAUGGGUAGCCAGCGGUAUGAUGCUGAUGCUGAGGCAACAGAGCUGAGCAGUUUCCAGGAUUUCCCAGGAAAGCCCUUCACCAUACAUACUGGAGGACCCCGCCCUGCAACUAUACUCACCCCACAAACAGAAAGUAAUGAUAUGGCUGACCAGCCGUGGGCCCAGGAAAGAAAACAUCCAACAGGACUUGGUUGGCAGGAGCUAGUAAGUUUGUCCAGAGACCCCAUCAAGUUGCCCUGCUACAACAGGGACAUCAUGUGGCUCAAAUACAGGCCAAUCCCAAGGUGCUUAGCAAGGCCAGGCUCUCCCUUGGUCCCUGGCUGCUCUCCAAAGACUACAGGGACACUCCAUCAGCUCACCCUGGGGCAUGCACAGCAGGUGGUCAUCCAAGCACACCAGGAACAGCUGGAUAGAAUGGCAGAACUGGGCUUCAAGGAGGAGACCCUGCUGAGCCAGCUGGCUCUUAAUGAUUUUGAAGAUUUUGUGACCCAGCUGGAUGAAAUCUUAGCUCUGAAAUCCAAGUGCAUCCAGAGUCUGAGGAGCCGGCUUCAGCUGUACCUGACCUGCCACAGGCCGACCACAGUCCCUGAGAGGACAGUGGUAUCUUAGAACAAGAUCUAGUAUGAGGUGAUGGGGGCAGCUCAGGAACUUGUACUGAAUUCCCAGGCGCUGGCGGGUCCUUCCUACAAAUCCUAGAACCCACUCCGCAGUCCUGCCUACUAGCCUCUCUCCCCACCCCAGCCACACAUGGCCUUGACUAGGCCCCAGCACAAUUCCAAGCACAGGAGCAUCUGGAAGGAAAGACAGAGCAGGCUAAAAAAACUUAAUAUGCCCCUUCUAAACCCUUAAUAUGGGGCUAGAAGAGUAUUUUGUCUGGGUGGGGAAACACACUUGGGUCUGAUAACCUUGUGGAUAUGUCUAAAUUUGAGGAUCAAAGGAUGGGGUGGGUCAGUGGUAACCUAGAGGUCAGAGGUAACAAGCUGGGGAAGAAAACGUGAACUCAGGGGCUUUGUUAGCUGAAUACUAUUCUUCAAGACUUGGCCAAAAACUGAUAAAACAACACUUGAGGCAGAGCUCACCCUGCCCCAUUAGCUCCUGGAGACUGGUGGGACAGGCUUCAUGUCCCCAGUUCCCCUCCCUUCCUGCAAUUCAGAGACAGAAGAGAGUGCUCACAUCACUGCAUUACUCUCUUAAUAGCACUCCUGUAGCAGUUCCUGGCUCACCUGCCAUGCCCUUUCGUGGCAAAGGUGAAGAAGUGGAGGAUCUUGGGCAGGUCUAUCUCCUCACCUUACCUUUUAUCCAGCAUCAUCCUGGUUGUGCAGUCCCUCUCAAGGGCCUGUGUUCAGUAGUAUCUUGGCACUGAGUGCUCUAGUCAACAGUCCAAGACUCUGAGGUUGCAUUUUUAUACACACACCCCUUCAACAUGAGUUCUGCCUGCUGUAUAUCUUCAUCAGGAAGCUCAAGACAAAUACAAAGUGGUCUGUCACUUACUAGGACCACUUUGGGUCAGAUAAGAUGCAUAUGUCACAGCCUUGGCCCUGAUGCCCACUGUAAUGUGUGAAGCUUCAGUUUCUUACAGGGAAAGGAUACCUUUUUAAGGUUUUAAAAAGAGGGCUUAAUUAAAAAGGUAGGAGAAGGGCGAACUGGCUUUCUCAGCCUGCCAAUCCUGCCACCCUUUGCCUGAUCUGGGCACUAGAGGGCAGCCUUUUCCCAGUUCCCUGGCCCAAAAGUUCUGCAUUCUCCUUACCCGAUCACUAGAAUUAGAGACUCACUCCCAGCCAAGAGCACAAGAGGGACUGUGGGAUGGCAUUAAGCAUAAGGACAAGAAACUUCAGGGAGGACUCUGGACUCUAGUUCUCAGCUAUAGCAGCAGCACUGAGAGCUAGUGAAGCAGUCUGAAUCCAGCCCUGACUGUGGCACACAGCACAUAAAUGCCUGAUGGGUCUCACGGGAAAAGGGACUUCCUCAUUUCUGAAUGAUUGCCCCAAAGGCCCAGCCUGUUUCACCUCCACAGUUAGUCUAGCAGGAAGGCUUGUCCUUGGUUCCAGAGACUGAGUUAGGUCAGGUUUUUAACAGAUCCUCAUUUGGGCCUGCUCUGCAAACCAAAAGCCAGGGCUGACUGCAGGGCCAGCUCCUGGGUCCCACUGACCUAAGAGUGAGAAGAAAGUACUAAAAAGACAGAAAAUGGUUAGUACCUGUUUUCAUCCCCAGCAAAUGGAAGCAGGAAUUC